UUUGGUUUCCCUAACAGCUGAAGAAAAAGGGCAGGCAAGAGUUCCACCUACCGGAAACAAGCUAAACAUGCAUCAUGUGACACAGCAGGUUUUGGAAAGAGCAACUUGUUUAAUUCAUUGCUAAGAUCUGGAGCGUGUUAAGUUUGCAACAAUGUCUUUCUCCUGUAAAGUAAAGUUUUACGUGUCUUAUUUCUGGAUGGCAGUCGGUAUGAUGUGGAAUUAUCUGUACGCGGGUUGGAAUUUGCUCUCAUGGACUACAGAAAAGAACAUUUCUGCUGGUAGUGAAAGGAACACACCCGAGGAAGUUAGGAGAAAAAGACAGUGUGAUACGGUAGAUUUCCCUUAUACUAAUAAUACGGAUAUCAAGGAAGCCCUGGAAAGAGUAAUCCGGUGCAUCUACUCCUUGUGUAUUUCUUCAUGGCUUCAUGCUCCAGAAGAGAUACAGAACCAGCCUCUAUAUAAGCCAAUCAGCAAUGCGAUUCUGGAUACCUGCAAUAAUAUACAAACAAAAACAAAGCAUAUUGACAACUACAAAAUAAUUCUUAUGAUAACUAAAGGUUUAACUGAUCAUGUAAAUAAAUUUAAGAGUCACGCAGCAAUCACAAGCAAAAUGAAUCGUGAAGAGGAGGUGAAUUUCCUACGACAGAAGACAAAAUCUCUUCUACUUUACUUCUUAUCAGAUACUCUAAAAAACUCUGAUUACAUAAUGCCCUUAUUAACGGAAGCUUUAGCUAUACCGGUUUUAGAGAUGACGAUAAAUAAUUUGGCAGAACCCACUGUCAUCAAUCAACUGAUUGUCAAUUAUUUAGGCUCUCAAACAGAUGGGACUCAAGGACACCCAGAAAUGUCCACAGAAAAUGUUUCACAUUCUGACCUGCAGACCGAUUGUCAGAAACCCAAUCGGAAGAAGAAAAAAUGGACAAAAUACAAAAAAGGUAUAUUUCAUAACAACCGCAUCUAG